CCACCCGAGUCCCCUCGCCCUGCCCUGCCCGGUUGCUCGGGUCGUGGGUUGGAGCUGACGUGGGUCCCAGGGAUGCCCGCCACCCUUUGACCUCCACUGAGCGUUGGGAGCUGCCUGAUGCCCUCCAGGCGCUUGCUAUCUCCGACUAGACUAUGUUGAGUGAGGGGCGGGAGCAGACAGUGACUCUUCCCUAAAACUCUCGCACCCCCAAAGGCCCAGUUGAUGCCAACGAGGCGGCAGGAUUCCGUGUAAAUGCGGCGGGAGCCGGACCCUCAAUUCCCGCUGGCUCCAAUGUCCAUGCUGUGAUCAGGAGCCCUGCGGUUCUUCAGGUCCUUCAACUUUUGUGAGAUGAACUUCAGGAGUGCGGAGGAAUGGAGCUGGGAGGCUGAAGCUGGGCAGGUCUCCAAAGGUGCAGCAGCCACAACAAUUCCCGCAGUUCAAAGUUAAGCAGCAGUUGCACAACUUCCAACAACUCUCUUAGCCGGCUACUAAUGAGCUGGAAGCCAGGAACAUCUGAGGAGGUGAAGAGGAAGCUUCCAGUCCUCCCUUCACCCCAGAAAUCCAGAUAUCCCUACCCCCACCCUUCAGAUAACUUGGAGAUAAGGUCCUCGCUGCUGUUCCAGUGCCUGGCGGACCAUGGCUCCCUUUGGAAGGAACUUGCUAAAGACUCGGCAUAAAAACAGAUCUCCAAUUAAAGACAUGGAUUCAGAAGAGAAGGAAAUUGUGGUUUGGGUUUGCCAAGAAGAGAAGAUUGUCUGUGGUUUAACUAAACGCACCACCGCUGCUGAUGUCAUCCAGGCUCUGCUUGAAGAACAUGAGACGACCUUUGGAGAGAAACGAUUUCUUCUGGGGAAGACCAGUGAUUACUGCAUCAUAGAAAAGUGGAGAGGCUCAGAACGGGCCCUUCCUCCUCUUACUAGAAUCCUGAAGCUUUGGAAAGCAUGGGGGGAUGAGCAGCCCAAUAUGCAGUUUGUUUUGGUUAAAGCCGAUGCUUUUCUACCAGUUCCCUUGUGGCGGACAGCUGAAGCCAAAUUAGUGCAAAACACAGAAAAACUGUGGGAGCUCAGCCCAGCAAAUUACAUGAAGACAUUACCACCAGAUAAGCAAAAAAGAAUAGUCAGAAAAACUUUCCGGAAACUGGCGAAAAUUAAGCAGGACACAGUUUCCCAUGAUCGAGAUAGUAUGGAGACCUUAGUUCAUCUGAUAAUUUCCCAGGACCAUACUAUCCAUCAGCAAGUCAAGAGAAUGAAAGAGCUGGAUCUGGAAAUCGAAAAGUGUGAGGCCAAAUUCCACCUUGAUCGGGUAGAAAAUGAUGGAGAAAAUUAUGUCCAGAAUGCAUAUUUGAUGCCCAGCUUCAGUGAAGUGGAGCAAAAGCUAGACCUGCAGUGUGAUGAAAACCAGAUUCUAGAGGACCUGAGCGAAAGUGAUGGGAUCGUACAGCUGGAGGAACAACUAACAUAUUACAGAAUGCUCAUUGAUAAGCUCUCUGCUGAAAUAGAAAAAGAAGUAAAAAGUGUUUGCACUCAGAUGAAUGAAGAUGCACCAGGGGCAGCUGCAAGUGAACUCGAAAGUUCUAAUUUAGAAAGUGUUAAGUGUGAUUUGGAGAAAAGCAUGAAAGCUGGUUUGAAAAUCCACUCUCACUUGAGUGGCAUCCAGAAAGAGAUUAAAUACAGUGACUCACUGCUUCAGAUGAAAGCAAAAGAAUACGAGCUCCUGGCCAAGGAGUUCGGUUCACUUCAUGUUAGCAACAAAGAUGGCUGCCCGCUAAAGGAAAGCAGAGUGCAGGAGCCUGAGGUCCCCAACAGCAGUGGGGAGGCACCUUCCUUUACUCAAAGAGUAUUUCACAUGUAUACAAAUGACACAGACUCGGACACUGGUAUCAGCUCUAACCACAGUCAGGACUCGGAGACAACUGUAGGAGACGUGGUGCUGUUGUCAACAUAAUUUGAAUGGCUUCUUUCUGACCUACUUUAGUGUUGUUCGUGUUUGUUUAAUUUAAUAGAAAACUUUAUUCUAAAUAUUGCAUUCUAAAAAAUAAUGUAAGUCAUGUUAAACUAUCAGUAGUUAAUAAAAACUAGAGAAAUUCAUAAGUUUGUUUUUGA